AUGAGUAUGAUUGGUGAACUAACUUUUUUCUUGGGCUUGCAAGUUAAACAAUUAGAAAAUGGCAUGUUCAUCUCACAAACCAAGUAUGCUCUCAAUCUGGUGAAAAGGUUCAGUCUAGAAAACUCAAAAGAAGCAAGAACACCAUUAUCCACAACCAUCAAGCUUGCAAAAGAUACUUCAUCAAAACAAGUGGAUGCAAAACUAUACAAAAGCAUGAUAGGAAGUCUUCUCUAUCUUACAGCUAGCAGACCAGAUAUCAUGUUCAGUGUUGGGUUGUGUGCAAGGUUUCAGGCUGACCCAAGAGAAACACACUUAAAUGCUGUCAAAAGAAAAAACACUUCUGGAAGUUGCUUCUUCGUAGGGAAAAAUCUUGUCUCAUGGUUUAGUAAGAAGCAGAAUUCUAUCUCAUUAUCAAAUGCGGAUGUAGAGUACAUUGUAACAGGAAGUUGCUGCACAGACUACUUUGGAUGA